UUGCUGUAUUUGAUCACAUGUCACAGAAACCCCGGGAAAAACUUUUUCUUGUUUUGUUCUAAUAUUUUUAUGUUUUUGUCCAAUAAUACUACAUCAAAGAGACAAAUGGAGUGAUAAAUCUAAGGAAAACCCGGAAAAUAUGGAUAACUUUCAAAAAAUCGAAAAAAUCGGGGAAGGAACUUAUGGAGUUGUAUACAAAGCUAAAGAUAAGACUACUGGUGAAACUGUUGCAUUGAAAAAAAUUCGUUUGGAUACAGAAACCGAAGGAGUACCAAGUACAGCAAUCAGAGAAAUAUCCCUCCUCAAGGAACUGAAUCAUCCUAACAUUGUCAGAUUACAUGAUGUUGUCCACAGUGAGAAAAAAUUAUAUUUGGUGUUUGAAUACCUAGACCAAGAUCUCAAAAAGUACUUUGAUAACAGUCCAGCGUCAGGCAUUCCACCCCAAUUGGUUAAGAGUUAUUUAUUCCAACUUUUACAAGGCAUAGCAUACUGCCAUUCACAUAGAGUUUUACAUCGGGAUCUGAAGCCACAGAACUUACUUAUUAAUUCUGAAGGAAGUAUCAAGCUUGCUGAUUUUGGUCUGGCCAGAGCAUUUGGUGUCCCUGUCAGGACAUACACACAUGAGGUCGUGACACUGUGGUAUCGCGCCCCAGAGAUCCUUCUUGGAAGCAGGUUCUACUCUACACCAGUUGACGUCUGGAGCAUUGGAUGUAUUUUUGCUGAAAUGAUAACAAGGAGACCUCUGUUCCCAGGCGAUUCAGAAAUAGAUGAACUCUUCCGUAUUUUUCGAACACUGGGUACUCCUGAUGAGAGCGUCUGGCCAGGUGUAUCACAACUCCCUGACUACAAGUCAACCUUCCCCAAGUGGGAAGCCCAAGAAGUGCAUAAACUGGUCCCAACCAUGGAUGAGGAUGGACAUGAUUUGCUAUCAAAAAUGCUAAUUUAUGAGCCAAGUAGUAGAGUCUCUGCCAAAGCAGCGCUGAGUCAUCGAUAUUUCCGAGAUGUCAGCCUACAAAUACCAAAACUUGUGUAGACAAAAUAACUCAAAUUCCAUUUAAGGUGGGGGACCAAUACCAGUAGCAAUGAAAGAGAUGCGAAUUCUUCUCUGAACAAUUAUAAGAUUUCUUGGUAUUUCAUCGCCUCAUUCAAAGGACUUCAAGUCCAUGUCUAAUGGAAAAUCAUAGGAUGUCUCAAGAUUAAUAAUGCCAUUCUCCAAAUAUAUAAUUCUAUGGCUGAGCAUAUAGUCAGCUAAUCACAAUGUAGAUAUAUAUGGGACCAGCACAAAGACCCAGAAUGAGAUGUGAAGUACAUCAACGUUGAUAUAUGCAAUGACCUGAGCGCACUUGU